AUGGGGGACCUGGUCGAACGGCGGGCGCGCAAGCAAAGCUGUCACUGGUUGGAAAACAGGCGAAAAUGUUCUAGCCCCCCCCUCAUCAGUACUCUCUAUCAUACCACCACCGCUACCACCACCCAUCUCCAAAAGCGAGAGAGACCUCUUCAUUUGUUGACUGACGGGCAAGCGAAUGGCUACCCCCCUCCUCCACCUUUUCUCCUUGGCCCUUCCGCUUCUUCCCCAGAUAGGGUUCCCUUCGCUUGGGAAUUUUGAGGCGUUCACGAGAAGGAAGGGUGGGGACCAAUAUGGUAAGUCAAAAAAAAAAAAAAAAAUCCAACCCAAAAAUUUUCCCAAACACCAGUAUGCACGGUAGGGAUUCUUGGGACGAGCGAGAGGGGAGGAAGGAAGGGAGGGAAGGAGGAUGAAGCUAGAUGAACGAGGUGCCGCGGUACCUUUUGGCACACGCACUUUGCAGAAUUGCUAUCCGGACUUGAGGGAAAAGGGGGGAAGGGAUUGGUGGUUGAAGAGGAGAAAAUUUGGUGAAAUUUAAAUAAAAUAAAAAUGCAUGAAAGGGGAGUGGGUUUUGCCAAACGGUAUCUAACUGUGCCCCUUUUCCAUAUGCAGCAUUGUGCAGCAAUUGGGGGUUUCUGAGUGCAGCGGGUGGCGGAGGCUUUUGAUGAGAAUUGCAUUGAGCUAGUGACAGUCUAUUAAGUUCACUCAAAUUUUGAACAUCG